GCGGGCGCGCAGCCCGCCCUUUCCGGAAGUGCCGGGCUCGCCCGGCCCACCGGAAGCUGGUCCACCGCUGCACCGCUUCCCCCGCGGCCACUUCCGGCGUGGGCUCCGUUGCCCUCGUCAGCGUCGACGGGACUGAUGGCGGCGGUGGUAGUUGCGCGGUCGCUGGUGCUCUGGGCGGCCGCAGCAGCGGGGCUGCUGUUGUUGGCGGGAGCCCAGAAUCAGACGGGGACCCCCAAGCCCACCGCCACGGCGGAGAAGGGUGGCGUGUCCGGGCAGGGCCACCACGAAGAAGGGGCGGCGGACGGAGGCAGCGUCCGCGGCGGGGCCUCCUCGACAUCCGGGUCCUUCUCGACAUCCGGGUCCUCCGCCGCGGGGGGGUUCGGGCUGGGGCUGCCGGCGCUGCGCCGCGCCUUCUACGUCACCGUCGCCCUGGGAAGCCUCGUCCUCGUCUACUACCUGUGCGGCCGCGUCAUGCGGACCAGAAAACCUCCACGGAAAAAGUAUGGGCUUCUUUCAAACUCUGAAGAUAACAUGGAAAUGGCUUCUAUGGAAAGCGAUGAAGACACUGUAUUUGAGACGAGGAACCUAAGACGGUGAUAACGGGACCACCGGAAGGCCAGCCCGGAGCAGACCUGCUGUCGGAAGCCGCCGUUCUCCAUUCCUGACUUUUAAAGACUUUGUUUCUCUGAACGCUGCUUAGCUGUGCCAAGCCUCCCUCCUGAGGCUGUUGGAGAGGAGAUCCGGGGGCCUUCUGGUCUCGCGGCUGACGGGAUGGAUGUGGCCGGAUGGGAAAGCAAAUGGGGGAGGGGGCAUAUUGACAUUCCUGACAACCAAGGAGCAAAAGGUCGGGGCACGAAGACACCCCUUUCCGGGUCUGCCCCCAGUGUUGUUGAUCAGCCAGAGCUCUCUGCUAUCCCUUCGGCUGUCUCAAAGAAAGCAGGGCGAUCGACCUUCCAGAGACUUGUGGGUUCGAGUGUGGUGUGACCAAACAGUGCAAAGUGACUGCUGUGUCGCGUCCAGCUCAGACGCCCGCCGCUCUGCUGGUUGGGGUGGGGGCACUCUAAAGUUGACCUCAGCUUGUCCUUUGGGACCUUGCACGCAGCUCCCAAUGGCAUCUGUAGCAGUUGCCUUCUGCUCUCCCUUAAAACCGGCUGCCUAUCAAGCAAUAUUCCAGGCUGAAGGGCUGGGAAAAACAGGUACUUGAUUCCUCAGGGGCUUGCAUAUUUGGGAAAGGGUGCAUGCUAUGUUGCUUUCAGCUUGGUUGGCCACGCCAGCGUGGAGUUGGCAGAAGGCACAGCCUUCUCCCGUUCGCUGGGCAGUGCUUUUCCGUAGAAGUGGAAGCCGGGCCCUGCCCCGAUGGAUCCCUGGCGAAGGGUCUGCUUGAAAUGAGGGCAGUGCUAAGCUCCCCUUGCAGCUGUGGCAGCCGGGGUGAUUUCGACAAGCUUCAUCUCGUUCUGCAGAUGACAUUGCAUCAUGGAAUGCACCCUUUCCUCCUCUUUCAGUAGAUGCCUUCCAACGUUGGCUUCUCUCCCCCCACCCUCCAAAUGUGAGCUAGGUCAGUCUGAACAUUAGCCCUGUCCCCUGUCACAUUUGCAGUCCCUUCCCAUUUUGUGGCAUCCUGAGCUUCAAACAGCCUAUUGGUGGGAGAUAGAUUCAUAUUCUAGUUAUUCAGAAAUGUCCCGUCCCCCCCCCCCAAUAUGGAAUAACAGGUGGGUGGACUUCUUAUUUUGUGGAUUGAAAGAAAAAUGUCCACAGGACCUUUGACCCGUGAUGGGUCCUUCUUUUGACACCGUUCCCUCUUCCUUGGGACCCAAAGGGCAAGACCGCAUCAGAUGACAGGAAUUGUCAUAAUGGCGAAAGCUUGCCCUUGUGAUACUUACUGGGACCAGCUGCUUCUGGGGAAAGGUGACCAAUCUGCUGUCCAAAUGAUUCCUGAAGUUGUUUCCUCGCUCCCCUUUUCUUUUAAGUGAUUCUGGCAGUCCAGAGGACUAAUUUGUUUAUAAAGCAAUGGCCCGUGCGGCCUUAUUUGUGUUGGCAGAAUGAGAUGUCCUGCAAACUUCCAUCUUGUGGCUAAUAAACAUUCCACCCUCCCGAA